GCGCGACGGGAGUAGAGCUGUGGCUCGUGCGACCGCGACACACUGGAAAGGCUGCCUUGCACUGCCUUGAUGAACUCGACCUGGUCCCGCACACAGCGCAGCAGCCCGUCAUGGGGGACGGUGGCGCGUCUUCGCCGGUGAAUUUCCUGAAUGGCUCGGGGAGCGAGGCGUCGGACGCACCUGGCUCCGCCACAGCCGCGUCCGAGCAGUGGAUGGCGGGGAUGAGCCUGGUGAUGGGUUUGAUCGUCUUGUCUAUUGUGUUCGGGAAUAUCCUGGUCAUUUUGGCCAUAGCCAAAACGCAGAGGCUGCAGACGCUCACCAAUGUGUUUAUUGUGUCGCUGGCGAGCGCGGACCUCAUCAUGGGGCUGCUGGUGGUGCCGUUUGGCGCCGCGCUCGAGGUGCGUGGCUCGUGGCAGUACGGCUCCUUUUUCUGCGAGUUUUGGACCUCCGUGGAUGUCCUGUGCGUCACCGCCAGCAUCGAGACCCUGUGCGUUAUCGCCAUAGACAGGUACGUGGCCAUCACCUCCCCUUUCCGCUACCAAAGCUUGUUAACCAAAGCUCGGGCCAAAACGGUGGUGUGCGCAGUCUGGGCUAUUUCUGCGCUGGUCUCCUUCCUCCCCAUCCUGAUGCACUGGUCCCGUGACAGUGUGGACACAGCCUGCUACGAGGACCCUGAAUGUUGCGACUUUGUCACCAACAGGGCAUAUGCCAUCUCCUCAUCCAUCAUAUCUUUUUACAUUCCUCUACUGGUCAUGAUAUUUGUUUACGCCCGCGUUUAUAGAGAGGCGAAGCAGCAGCUGAGGAAGAUCGACAAGUGUGAGGGCAGGUUUCACAACACUUUAACCGGACUGACCUCCAAAUGCAAGAAGAGGCCGUCUAAAAUCCUGGCACUCAGGGAGCAGAAGGCGCUCAAAACGCUGGGCAUCAUCAUGGGGACGUUCACCCUGUGCUGGCUGCCCUUCUUCAUAGUCAACGUGGUGCGUGUGUUUUGCGCAGAGGUAGUGGACAAGGAGCUUUUCGUGUUCCUGAACUGGCUGGGGUAUGUGAACUCCGCGUUUAACCCCAUCAUUUACUGCCGGAGCCCGGACUUCAGGAAGGCUUUCAAGAGGCUGCUGUGCUGCCCGAGGCAAGCCGACCGCAGGCUGCACAUCAGCUCCUGCGACCUGUCCCGGUGCUCCGGUGGAUUCGUUACUGCUCUGGAGCCCGGCACAUUGGGGCUGUGGUCGGAUUGCGCCGGUUUGGACAACAGUGACAGCAGCUUGGCGGGGACCACAAAGCUUUCGCACUCUGAAUCACAGCUGUGAAGGUUUUUGUUGAGGUGGAUUACAACGAACUACCUGGGAUAGGAUGGUGACAAAAGCGGGCGUUGACUCCUUGAGCGUGGGUUUCCUUUUGGGAAAGGUAUGCGCAAGAGCUGCACCUUAUAAUGGGUCUAUUUUGUAUGAGAAGUAAAACACCAGAAUUGUAUUUGAACGACAUAGUUUUUAAAAGAGGCAUCAGGACCAAUGUUCUUUCCAAGAUGCGCGAUAGGACAGUUUAAUGACAAAGAGAUGAUCCAAUUUGCUAAAUAAUAUCACUCCUAAAAUUUAAGAUAGGUGGUUGUGAUGAAUUCUUCUUCUUAUUUUUUUUUUUAAAGAUUAUUUUUCG